UGAACUACAUUACUAUACUACAGCUCGACACGUGUUACACAACCAACUUGAUCCUCUCUCUCUUUCGUCAUCAUACUCUUGAUCAUCAUGUAUCGUUCAUUGUUAAGAAGAGCUUUCAUCAUUAGCAGUAGUGCAAGGAUGAUGUCCACUGCCCCAGAGGCUAAUAAUUUAUGGGCAUUAGAUAAACCAAGUUCCCUAAAAAGAGUUAGCAGCUCCCCAGUCAGUAAUUAUAGGCUUGUAAACUUCAGCAAUAGAGGACUUAAAAGAGACUGUAGCACUGCAACACCUUCUGGAGAAGCAGAGGGAGAGAGUGUAAACCAAGGAGUGAUUCAGAACUGUCUCCUCCUGAAAGGGAUCCCAUGGGAGACAACAGUUGACAAGGUUACUGCAUUUUUCGGCGACUUGAGUUCAAAUAUAGUGGAAGAUGGUAUACACUUACUCUAUGAUAAAUUUGGUCAAUCCACUGGUCAGUGCAUAGUACAUAUGACUGAUGCAGCGUCAGUUCAAAAUGCUGUAGGGAUGCUCAAUAGACAUUAUCUUGGCAAUCGCUAUGUUGAUUUAAUUCCAUGCUCCAAUUAUUAUGCCAAAUAUCAAGUGGCAAGGAUGAAGAGAGACAAUAUCAAGAGUACGGAGAGCAUUGAUGACAAGAAAUUAAAUCGAUUAACCCCACUAACCAUUAUUAAAGCGGGCGGGCUACCAUUUUCAGCCAAUGUCACGGAUCUGGUCAAUUUCUUUGUUGAAUUUAACGUCCCAGCUAGUAAUAUUAAUAUUGUUUAUGAUGGUACGAAUAGGUCUGUGGGUAUAGCUUUUGUUGGUUUCCAGUCACGUAGUGACGCUGUGGAUGCUGUAAAGAAGCUAGAUCGCGAAUACAUUGGAAGACGUUAUGUUGACCUGCACUUGUAGUUAUAAUAUUUAAAUAACUUGAUGUUAUUAAAUAAGAUAAGAUUAUUAGUACUUGCUCAAUAAGUGAGCAAGACGAAUGAGAUA